AUGGAAAAUAAACAAUGCAGAUUAAUUUUUAGUGAUUGUUGUAAAGGUCGAGAAAAUGUAGAAUAUAAUGCUAACGAUCAUGUUGCAAAUGAAAAUAUAUAUAAUGAGCAAAAUUAUUAUGGAAAUAAUCAAGAAUAUAUAUACAAAAAUGAUGGAAAUUAUAUAUAUAAAAGCAGCGGAGAUCAUAUGGGUUAUGAAAACGGUAGCUAUAUGAACCAAAAUAACAAUAGCUAUAUGGACCAAAAUAACAAUAGCUAUAUGGGCCAAAAUAACAAUAGCUAUAUGAACCAAAAUAACAAUAGCUAUAUGGGCCAAAAUAACAAUAGCUAUAUGGACCAAAAUAACAAUAACUAUAUUUAUAAAAGCGAUGAGAUGUAUGUGCAAAAAAGCGAUGAUGUGUAUGUGCAAAAAAGCGAUGAUAUGUAUACGCAAAAAAGCGAUGGUAUGUAUAUGCAAAAAAGCGAUGAUAUGUAUGUGCAAAAAAGCGAUGAUAUGUAUGUGCAAAAAAAUGAUGAAAUUCCAAUGAUAAACGUUCAAGGAGAUCAACCAAUAUUUAACAUUCCAGUAUACCAAGAUAAAUAUAUAAGAGAUAAAAUAAUUGAAACACCAAAAUAUGAAUUUCAAGAUGUAGUGCAACCAAAAUAUUAUCGUCAAGAAGCAAAUCAUGAUGUCCCAUGUGUUGAAUUAUUAUUUAAAGAAAGAAAUAUAAAUAUGCCAAAGGAAAAAAUAAUAGAAAAUAAAGUUGAAGUAAAUGUCCCUAUAGGAUAUACACCUAUAUAUUCUCCUGUAUGGGAUAUAAGAGAAAUACCAAGAGUUAUACCAAAAUAUGAAGGAGAACAAAAAAUUAUAGAAGUUGAAGUGCCUCAAAUAAAAUAUGUCGACAAAUUUAUAGAAAAAGAAAUAAUUGUAGAUAUAAAAGAAAAGAUAAUUCCUAAAGUUACAGAAAUAGAAAAACAAGUAGAUAUAGUAAAGUAUGAAUGGAAAGAAAAAUAUCAAGAUGUUCCUGUGUGUAAAUAUGUGCCUAAAAUAGAUGUAGAAUUAGAUUGUCCAUCCCCUUUAAUAGUACCAUAUCCUGAAGUACAUUUUCAAAAUACAUCUGAAAUAAUGAAUCCAAAUCAAAAAUCAGCAGAUAUACCAAACGAAAUAUUGAUAAACAAUUCGGGUACAUAUAAUACUAUCCUAAACAACCAUGUAGAUGCAUCAAUAAAAAAGUCAUUGUUAGAAAUGACCAGAUUACCAAAUAAAAUGAAAAAUCAAAGUAGUGAUCAUAUUAGAAAUUUCAAUGAUAAAUUUUCAGAAAUAAAUAAUAUAAAUUCGAAUAAAAAAAAUAAAAAAAUGUGGCCUUUUUGUACAUUUAAUAAUUGUAUAAAUAAUGAAACCAAAAUAAGUGGAUCUGACGAUAUUGACCCCAAAACAGGGUAUCCAGUAUCUAUGCCAAAAAAUUUUGCUUCAUUUUUUAAAAGAGAUCUAAAUUCUGUUAAAAAACAAAUGAUGCAAUACAAAAAAAAAAAUGAAGUAUCAAAUAAUAUCAUAGAAAAUAGUCCAGUUAGUCCAACUAUUGAAUAUAUAGGAAAAAUAGAUAAACCACCAAUAGAUGGAGGAAAAUUAGAUGCAAUAUCAUUCAAAUUGCAUGCUAUUGAAGUACAUCAAUUUAUUCCUGUACCAAAUUUACCAAAACCACAAUUUUUAGAUUUAGUUCCACCUGAACAAUUUGAAAAUAAUGAUAUAUCUUCUCUCCAUAAUAUUUUUGGAAAAUCAUCUGAAGAUUGGGUUGAUCCAAAUAUUACAGGAUAUAUAGCACCUAUGAUGAAUGACAUAUUAUAUGGAAAUAUACAACCUCAAACACCAUUAUUUAACAAAUUAAGUAUUGGUAGUAAUCCAAAGGAAAAUGAUAUUCCAUCUAUCAAUGCUAUCUCUUCUUAUAGCCGAGAUGAAGAAAAUAAUAAUCGAAUUCCCAAAAAUACAAACAGUAAUACAUCUAGUGACAAUAUUUACAUUGACCAUAGUAAAAUAAUUCAUGAAAAUGAAGAAAUGAAUGACAAUCAAAUGAUUUAUGAUAAUUAUAGCGGACGUUUUAGUGAUAAUUAUAAUGGAAACUAA